UCCACCUACUAGUAUAUAUAAAUGAGUGAGUAGCAACCUUACAGGAAACGGAUUGCCCGCUGGCCACAAUGACACUCAAUCUCACAAUGAAGCAGGCUGCCCAUCUCCAACAAAGGAACUUGCUCUCUCUUCUUCUUCAACACCAAAUCAGACGCAGUGCAAUGCAACAACUCCACUCUCACUUGAUCACCACUGGUGCACAUUCCCACUGUAUGGAUGUUACAUCUUGGAACGUUUUGCUUCGACACUAUUCUCUUGUCAUCUUCCCCCAAGAAGCUUUCUUGCUCUUCAGGCACCUCCGCCUCCAUCAUGUCUCUCCUCCACUCUCCUUCGACAGUUUCACCUUUUCUUUCCUUCUCAAGGCAUGCGCUAAUCUACAGCACCGCGAGGGAGGACUUCAACUCCAUGCUCUUACUUUUAAGCUUGGAUUUGAAUUUCAUGUCUAUGUACACACUGUUAUGCUAAACGUGUAUGCAGCCAGUGGGGCUUUUCUUGAAGCCAAGCAAGUGUUCGAUGAAAUGCCGGCUGUAAACAUGGUCAAGAAGAUGCCAGCUUACAAAAAUAGGCUGUGGUCAUUAGAACUUGAGCACACUGGAGGUGCCACAAAUAAAAAGAAGACUCACAAGCAGAUGAACAAGAAAAUGGAGGAAGAGCUCAGCAAAGAACUUGAACUGCAGAUGAAGGGGGCUAAAAAAACCCUCUAUAUAUGGGAACUUAUUGGUGUCCAUAUUGUACUCCUACCUUUGGUUUGUAGAUUAAUUAAGACAGGGCGAUCCAUGUUCCUCGAGUGUUCUCUGGUGACUGGAAAGUCUGCUGACAGGUGUUUGAAUUGAUAGCAAAGCUAGAUUAUUGGUGCCAUUGGUUGAAGCAUUAGGAGGAGUUUUAUUAUUAUAGGGAAGUACACAGUUGAAUAAUAGGAACUGGAUUGCCCACUGUAAACAAUGACACUCAGUCUCACAAUCAAGCUGGCUGCCCAUCUCCAACAAAGGAACUUGCUCUCUCUUCUUCUUAAACACCAAACCAGACGCAGUGCAAUGCAACAACUCCACUCUCACUUGAUCACCACUGGUGCACAUUACCACUUUAUGGAUUUUACAUCUUGGAACACUUUGCUUCGACACUAUUCUCUCGGCACAUUCCCCCAAGAAGCUUUCUUGCUCUUCAGGCACCUCCGCCUCCAUCAUGUCUCUCCUCCACCUUCAACAGUUUCUCCUUUUCUUUCCUUCUCAAGGCAUGCGCUUAUCUACAGCACCGCAAGGGAGGACUUCAACUCCAUGCUCUUACUCUUAAGGCUGGAUUUGAAUUUCAUGUCUAUUUACAUACUGUUUUGCUAAACGUGUAUGCAGUCUGUGGGGCUUUACUUGAAGCUAAGCAAGUGCUCGAUGAAAUGCCUGUAAGAAACUCUGUCACUUGGAAUGUAUUGAUUACUGGUCUAGCCAAAUGGGGUGAGCUUCAUCUUGCUCGUUCUCUUUUUGAUGAGAUGCCAAUGCCAACAGUUGUUUCAUGGACUACUAUUAUUGACGGAUACACUCGGAUGAACCAACCAAAGCAAGCUCUAGCUUUGUUCCGCACUAUGUUUAUAGAUGAGGGUAUCAAACCUACUGAAAUAGCACUUUUAGCCAUUUUCCCAGCCAUUUCAAAUCUUGGGGCUCUUGAGCUUUGCCAAUUGGUCCACAUGUAUGGAGAGAAAAGCGGGUUAAAUGCAUCGGAUAUCAGAAUUAGAAAUUCCCUUCUAGAUACUUAUGCAAAGUGUGGGUGCAUGGAGAGCAUCAAGGGUCUUUGGAGAAAUAGCUGCCAAGAGCAGAAACUUGGUCUCAUGGACAUCAGUAAUCUCCGCAUUUGCAAUGCAUGGAAUGGCGAAAGAAGCCCUAGAAAUUUUGAAAGAAUGUUUGAAACCAAACCGAAUAACAUUCUUGAGUGUUUUAAAUGCUUGUAGUCAUGGAGGAUUGGUUGAGGAGGGGCGGCUCAAGUUUUUCGCAAAGAUGGUUAAUGAAUAUCAAAUGUCGCCAGAUGUUAAGCAUUAUGGAGGCUUAAUUGACAUGUUGGGCAGGGCUGGGAGGCUAGAUGAAGCAGAAAAGAUGGCUUUGGAGUUUCCUGAUGAUGUGGUUAAUGUUGUAAUUUGGAGAACGCUUUUGGGUGCUUGCAGCUUUCAUGGUAAUGUUGAGAUGGGCGCAAGAGUGACAAGGAAGAUAUUAGAGAUGGAGAGAAAAUAUGGGGGGGAUUAUGUCCUUUUGUCCAACAUCUUUGCUGGUGUUGGAAGGUUUUGGGAUGUUGAGAGGGUGAGAAGAUUGAUGGAUGAGAGGAAUGCCUCUAAACUUCCAGGACUGAGUUUGGUCUGAUUGACAUACCAAGAUUUUCCGGUCUGUUAAUAUCCAUUAUGGUGAUCGGAACCCUGGCUGUUUCUAGAACCAAUUAUAAGUUUGGGAAUCAUGUUGCACCAGGAGUUCAUUUGGGAAUUGAUCCAUUCAAUGUCUCAAUUCCCGUGUUAAGGAUCUCUUCACUAGUUGGGGACUUGGGGGAAAAUUCCUUAGAAUCAAGAGAUUGCGCUUCUGGAGGGAUGUAGACCUUUUCUAAGGCAAUGGCAUUGAACUUUUGGGUUUGAUUUGGCAGAUUUUUGGUGGUAGACAACGGAGUCAUCUCCUUUUCUGUUUUCAAAAGUGAGCCAAAAGCCUACUAAAAUAUGUUUCUUGAAGUGGUGUUUGAGACAGGUAACUCCAAUGACUUUUAAUGUUAUCAUCCUACCCUCAUAACGUGUAUUCUGAAAAAUCGCUUACCGUCUGAGCAACAAGUUAGAACGCAGGUGUUACUCAUACAUAUUAUAAUGUUCCAUUCCAUGUGAUGGAGCUGUUGGCUGUAAUGCUAUAUAUGUCAAAAGCACUUCAUAUGUUGUUCUUUGUUAUGCUUACUGUUUGGCUACACUAAAAAAAAAAUUUGUAUUUUUUGUUAUGGCAUUUGUCGAAAAUGCAUUACCAAUCCUAUGAUGUUAUAAUUUCGGUUGUUUGUACUUAUUUAUCUUAGUUUCAUUCAUUUGUA